AUAAUACCAAUAAUUUCAUUGCAACGUCUCGUCGUUAUAUUAAGAAGACGAAAGCCAUUGAUUUUUUACCCUAAUCAAUUUCAUUCUUUGAUAUUUUCUAAAGAAACCAAUAAGUGAGAGCUUGUGUGUAAAAGUCAGUGAAGUUUUCAAUCCUCAAUUGCUGAGUUUCUGAAUUCAAAUAUGACAAUUGGAAGCCUUAAACAAGCAAACGAGAAGAAAUCACGAAAAAACAAACAAGCAGUGGUUGAUGAACAAUCACCAUUGUUGCCUACUAAGCAUAAGGAAGAUGCUGGAUUCGAUGAGUUCGAUGGGGCUUCCUUUAGUGGGGCUGUAUUUAACCUAUCAACCACAAUUGUUGGUGCAGGAAUCAUGGCCUUGCCUGCGACUAUGAAGUCGUUAGGUCUUAUUCCUGGGAUUGCUAUGAUCAUCUUCAUGGCUUUUCUGACAGAAGCUUCAAUUGAGUUGUUGAUUAGAUUUAGCAGGACUUCUAAAGCUGCUUCUUAUGGAGGUCUUAUGGGAGACGCCUUUGGAAAGUAUGGGAAGAUGUUGCUCCAAAUAUGUAUACUUAUAAACAACAUAGGUGUUCUUGUUGUAUACAUGAUUAUAAUAGGUGAUGUGCUCUCUGGAACAAAUUCAAGCGGAGAUCACCAUGCUGGUGUCCUGGAAGGCUGGUUUGGGACUCACUGGUGGAACAGUCGAUUCUUUAUUCUUCUUGUCACCACUCUUUGCAUAUUUGCACCAUUGGCUUCCUUGAAGCGUAUAGAUUCAUUGAGAUUUACGUCUGCAUUAUCAGUCGCCUUGGCUGUUGUAUUCCUGGUUGUGACGGUGGGAAUUACCAUAUUCAAGCUAAUGAAUGGAACUAUUCUUAUGCCCAGAUUGUUUCCUGAUGUGUAUGAUAUAACAUCAUUCCUUAAGCUCUUUACAGUUGUUCCUGUACUCGUUACUGCAUAUAUAUGCCACUAUAAUGUUCACUCCAUAGAAAAUGAACUUGAAGACAGCACACAGAUCAGAGCAGUCGUGAAAAGCUCUCUUGCUCUUUGCUCAAGUGUGUAUGUGUUGACAAGCCUGUUUGGUUUUCUCCUAUUUGGCGAUGCAACCCUCGAUGACGUGCUUGCCAACUUCGAUACGAAUCUUGGAAUUCCAUUAGGGUCCUUGCUCAAUGAUGUCGUUCGUGUCAGCUAUGCUGCCCACCUAAUGCUUGUCUUUCCUGUUGUCUUUUAUCCAUUGAGGGUUAACUUGGAUGGUCUUCUCUUUCCUUAUGCAAGGCCUCUGACUCGUGACAAUUUGAGAUUUGCAUCGAUCAGCAGUGGGCUCAUAGCCAUCAUCUUUCUGGGUGCAAAUUUCAUCCCAAGCAUCUGGGAUGCUUUUCAAUUCACUGGGGCAACUGCUGCUGUUUGCAUUGGGUUCAUAUUUCCUGCUUCUGUUACUCUCAGAGAUCCAUAUGGCAUAGCAACAAAGAAGGACAAGAUCUUGUGUAUAUUUAUGAUUGUCGUUGCUGUGUUUUCAAACGUGGUGGCCAUAUAUAGCGAUGCCUAUUCCUUGAUUAAGAAGAACUCAUCACCAAGUGAGUGAUUUCUCAUGUCGCCUGCAAGCAAUAAUUGAGACAGGACCAUCACAUGGACUCCCGGGGAAGAUAGACAGACUGAAGAUAGGAUCAUUAUGGCGCAGGAGAUGAUGUUUUUCGUUGAGUUUGCUGGUUCGCGAUUUAAUAAGUUUUUAUAUAUACUAGAUAUUAUAACUUGAGUAGCUCUGCUCAAGAUGUAUCAAAUCUUGUCAUUCAAGUGCUAUGAAGUUUAUUGUUUGUAUUACGAAAAUAAUGUCUGUAAAACGGAAUGAGAAAACAGUCAGUGGGGUGACUUGGAUAUGCCAGAGACCUGAGUUGUAUAAUAGUAUUUGUUGUUUUCUUUUCAUGUA